AAUGUCCAGAUAUCGUACUAGAUACGGACGUUAUACUAGAAUAAAACAUAAUGAAAUUGUAAAAUUGAAUAUUGUAGGUAAUUCUAAUAAAUUAAAUGAUCGUGGAUGUCUAUAUUCUCCAUUCCUAAAAGCGGAUGAUAUUCUAAGUAUAUGUAUGAAUGCCUUUUCUCCGUUAUUAGUUUUAUCUUCUGUAACUUCGUUCAGUAUUCAAAUUGAUGCUAGCGCGGCAGAAAUGCCUCAAGAUAACUUUGUAUCACUCGAAGAAUUUGUGAACGUUUGGGAGGUAACAGGUGUUGAAUUAGAUUGUAGGGCACAAAUUUUUAAAGCUUCUGAAAACUAUUUCUUUCACUAUAUACAAUUGUUUGCAAAUUGUUUAAAUAAUCUACCUGGAAUUGAUAAAUUAAGCGAACGAGAAAAGAUAACAAGAUUUGUACCUGGUGUAACUCUUAUUUAUUUAUUCCUACAUUUAAAUAUUCUUAAAGAUUGGUUCGAUAAAAAAUAUAAUGUACAUUUAUGCGAUACUAACAUAACAGUUAAUACUGAAUUAAUAGAAAGUGUAUCAACUGUUAUUACAUUUGAAAAACUAAAACAAUUUGCAAAAGAUUUUGAAGAAAUCAAUUUCACAAGAGAAGAAAUUGUUCUUAUUUGUUCAUUAAACUUUUUUAAAAGUCGUAAAUCACCAAUAUUAGCAUAUUAUUAUAAAAAAAUACUUGUAGAAUUAUCCAACUAUUUAGAAAAUAAAUAUAAUAAAUCGUCAAUAUUAAGAUGGCAACAAUUGCUAUCUUUCUUUGUAAGAUCAGCCGAAUUUCAGAGAGCUAUUGUUAAAGAAUAUCAAAAAUAUGGAGAAUAUUUAAGUAAAACGGUUAAAAAUCCAGUAUUUAAAAGUAUGUACCGUCUCGGUGAUUAUGAAGAGAAUAUUGCAAGUAUUGAAAAGUUAAAAUUGUUUUGA